AUGUGGCAGCUCCACUCGGACGCCAGGCCGCCGCGCUGCGUGACGCCGACUGUCGAUUCGCCGGUCCUUCUCGGCAGAGCGUCUCACCCCGACAUGAGGAGUUGCGUCUCACGGGAGCACGCGACGCUCUCGCCCGCUCCAGACGGAGACGGGAAGCUGCUCCUCACCUCGAUCGGCCACGCGGAGACGGGCGUCCGGGGCAGUGCGGGCGCGCCGUGGGUGUGGCUGCAGAGGGGCGAGUCGUCCACCGUCAGCGAUGGGUUCGAGAUCGCUCUCAGCAGAGGGAAGGCGCCCAGCAGACGAUCUCCGCUGCCUGAGGAACCGGAUGCGGCGGUGGUGCUGAGGCUCCUCCGUCAGCCUCCGCCGGCGGCGGCGGAAGCCUCGACUGCGUCGGGCACCGCUCCGCUGGCGCUCACCGCUGAUGACGAGGGGUUGACGGAGGCGUUCGGCAAGGCGCGGCCCUACCGGAUGCUAGACGGGCGCACGACGGCGCUCUUCACGUCGUACGGCACCGACUACUCCUUCCUGGCGGAGAUGGUCGCAGGCUCGCCCGCGGCGGCGAGGCGGCGAGGCGUCACGGUGGUGGACAACUACGACCACCACCGCACGCCGGCCGGGCUCGACGAGCACACGUACACCGUCCACAACGCCGCCGUCCGCGCAAACUUCUCCGUCGUGCUGCCGCCCUUCUUCAGCGACGACACCGCCGCCGCCGACCGGACGCGCGUGCACCACGGGACGAUGCACCCAAAGAUGUGGCUGCUCGAGUUCAGCGAGGGCGGCGCGUGCGGCAGCGGCUUCCUGCGGCUCGCAAUCUCCUCGGCCAACCUCGGCCGGUACGAUGCCAAGAUCAACAACCAGGUGUGGGCGUGCGACUUUGUGCGCGCGCAGGACGCCGUCGAGGCUGCUCGCGCGCUCGGCGUCUCGCAGCUCAAGGCGGAGCUCAAGGAGCGGCGAGUCGACGCCGCCGGCUGCAGCGAGAAGGCGGAGCUGGCGGAGAGACUCGUCGAGGCGCGCCGAGCCGACUCGGCCGGCUUUGGCGCCGACCUCCUCUUCUUCGUGGAGCGGCUCGUCGGCAGAGCGGCGCCGGAGCUGUUUCGCCAGUGGGAGGCGCUGCUGAGCCGCUACGACCUCACGCCGCCCGCGGGCACGCACCUCAUCUUCUCCGCUCCUGGCCGCUACUCUGGCCCAGAGGCGGAACGCUACGGCCUCCGCGCGCUGCAGCGCCACCUCAAGGUCUUGAGCGACCGGCCAGUGGCGCAGCGGCCGACAGCGGUCGAGUACGCGUGCUCGUCGCUCGGGCAGCUCGACGACAUCCUGCAGCCGCUGCUCGGCGUGCGGCCAAACUACAAGCAGGCGCCGCGCAUGGCUGUCCGCGGAGCCUUCCUGGAGGGGCUGCACAAGCCUCCGCACGGCGCGGCGGCGCGGCUGGUGUGGCCGUCUCUGACGGCAUCGCUGCCCGCCUUUGCGCGCGGCAAGGGGAUGCUCACCAUCGGCGGCGGCAAGAACACCAUGACGGGCCCGUCCGAGUUCAAGUCGCAGCAGCUCAAGGCGUGCAUGGCGCACAAUAUCGCCGCCGACCCGCGCCGCUCCGCCACUCUCCACCACGUCAAGAUGGCCGCCGGCAUCGUCCGCCCCCUUCAGCGCGAAGGGCCGCAGCGCGAGGUGGCGCCGCUCUGCGCGUGGGUGUACGCCGGAUCCCACAACCUGUCGGGCGCCGCGUGGGGCAAGAUGGAGGCCGCGACCGGCAGUGACGACGAGAGCGGGGUCGAGGACGAGGAGUUUGUCGUCAUGUCGUACGAGGUCGGCGUGCUGCUGCUGCCGCCGGAGCCUCGCCCCUUUGCGCUGCCGUGGGUGACCGCCGCGGCCCCGUACGACCCGACCGAG